UUACCGCCACCGCCCCCCGUAACAGCGCGAGGACCCAGGGCCUGUGGAGUUGCCAGCUUCUAGGAAGGAGCCUUCAUAUCCAGGGUUCCAGUUGCCAUGCGGUUCUUCUUAAGACGUUCACUGGCAGCAGCUAUUUCCCUGCUUGUGUUCCUGCUCCUCCUAAGUCUGUCUCCUUGGACCCAAGAGGAUUCUGAGACGAGGGAAGUACGACAGUGGGCCCAGGAUGUGGGGCUGCAGCGAUUGCACACUGACUGGAACCAACGUAGUCUCCAAAAGCUAGGGAAUGCCACCAACUUCCUGAACAUCUCUUAUCGCUAUCUUGCUGGCAUCCCCCCACCCCAGAAAAAGUUUCUGACUGUAGGGCUGUGUUCUGUCAAGCGGAAGCGAGAGAACUACCUUCUGGAAACCCUGCGGUCUAUCUUUCAACAAUCAACGCUGGAAGAGCUGAGAGAGAUGGUGGUGGUGGUCCACUUAGCUGAUCCAGACCAGGAGUGGAAUUCUCAAGCACUGGAGAAAAUUGCCAAGAGGUUUGCUCCGCAAGUUUUGCUGGGCCGCCUGUUGGUCAUCCAUGCUCCUUCUGAAUACUACCCUCCCUUGGAAGGCCUGAAACGGAAUUUCAACGAUGCCGAAGACCGAGUGCGAUUCAGAUCGAAGCAGAAUGUGGAUUACGCCUACCUCGUGAACUUUGCAGCCAACCUCUCCACCUACUUUCUCAUGAUUGAGGAUGACGUCCAUUGUUCCAAGUCCUUCUCCACGGCCAUCAGAAAGUCUGUGGCAUCUCGCGAAGGCUCCCCCUGGGUCACCCUGGAGUUCUCCAAGCUUGGCUACAUUGGCAAGCUUUACCACUCCAGCGACCUGCCCCGCCUCGCUCAGUUCCUUCUGCUCUUUUACCAAGAGAUGCCCUGCGACUGGCUUUUCGUGCAUUUCCGCCUUCUUCUUACCCAGAAGGACGCGAUCCGUUUCAAGCCGUCCCUCUUUCAGCACAUUGGCCACUACUCUUCCUUUCAGGGCACAGAAAACAAGCUGAAAGAUGAAGACUUUGAAGAGAACCUCUCCACACACCCUGACAACCCCCCUGCAGAUAUGAUUACAGAUAUUAAGACGUUUGAGAAUUACCUUCCCAGCAAGGCUUACAGCAACAUGGAGGACUACUUCUGGGGCAAGGACCCCUCUGCUGGGAAUUCAUUCACUGUUGUUUUUAAGCAAGCUACCCAAAUCUUCCGCAUCCAGAUCCUCACAGGCUCCAAACAGCGCCCAGGAGACUAUCUCCGGGCAGGGAUUGUGGAGUUGGGCACCCAGAAGGGCCGGGAUGGCUUGCGCUGUACUAGCUACACCCCAAUUGGACACUUUGAGCAUGGGAACUUUGACAAGCAAGGCCUGGAGGGCAGGACUGCCUCUGCCCCCGAGUGUGUGCGCAUUACAGUGACUACGACUCAGAGUGAAUGGCUGAUCAUAAGCAGCAUAAGCAUAUGGACAAAGGCUGGUCCCUGAACUGGAUGACAAUUUUAGUUCAAGCGCUCUCAUGACAAUCUUGUGAUACGAAUGGUGGUAGACCGGUGGGGUUUUAAUUUAGCCGGAGCCAAUAAUUAAACACCAAAUCUGUAAUCCA